GAUAUUCAAAAUGGCUGCUUACAUUAACCAUGUGAUUUUGUUUUAAGGACACUCAAAGCUGACAACACAAGAACUGCGCAGAGUGAACUGGCUUUAGUGAGGCAAAUUGAAGAAAACGUUUGUGUCUAUUUCUUACAGUCACAGUGUACAAGAUGGCCAAGAGUAAGAAGAAGAAACAGGAGGACUUUCAGAAGGUCAAGUUGAAGGUCGGCAAGAGGUUACCCAAAGGUCAAAAUGUUACGAAUACCAGCUUCAAGACUCACGCCAUUCAAGUCGUCCAGCAGAUCAAGUCUGAUGGGGCACAGCCCAGCACACACAGGAAACUCAAUAUUGCGGAUCUGCUGCCAAAGUGUCAGCACUACAGCAUCAGCGUCCGCCACGACGGCGUGACCGGCCUGCGGGAGUUGAUGACGUUACAUCCGCACAUGAUCACAUCACAGCUAGCCGUCAUCAUAGAAAAAGCCUUGCCUCUUAUCAUGGACAAAGAUUCAAAUGUUCGUCAAGCAUGUUUAAAGUUGUUCAAACUUGUAUUUACCAGCACCCCAACCCAGCAGAUUGAGCCGUUCUUUCCAGUACUCUCGGCACAUUUAUGUUGUGCAAUGACCCAUAUUUACGACGACAUCCAACAUGACUCUCUGGAAGUGUUUGAUUUGCUACUGGACACAUACCCACUCCUCAUUGCCAACAACUCGGGGCAGCUGCUGCAAAAUUUUAUCGAACAGAUUUCCCGCCAGCAAAAUGUCACAAAAGGUCAAAAGUCCAAUUUAUCUCUGGCUGUGAAACCUGACAGUAAAUAUUCCGUGCAGCGAUGGCGGUCGGGAAUAUUGAGUCGAAUAUACAAGUUGUUGAUGGUGUUGCUGACGUGGAGAUUCACGGAUACUUCAACGUCGGGUCUCGGGGACAAGGGACAUGAAUAUACAGCUGUGUCCUGUAUCCCUUUACAGUUUCCAUCAAGUGUAGCAGAUUCUUGGGAGCGACCUGGAUUUAAAUUAAAGUCAAUCACUGCCACAAGUGUGACAUCGUCAAAGGGAGAUAACUUCACUGACUUUGCCACAUCUCUGAUUCCUCUGCUUGUUCAGUGCUGGGUGGAAUGUCGAUCUUCUCAAGGACAACACAAGGUCAAAGACAACCUGGUGUCCCCUGGGUCUGUGACCGUGAUGCUCCACGUGAUGCAAGUCCUCCAUCUACUGUGGCAAUGUCUGGACAGCGCUGCCGACACCACCAACACCGCGGUGAAGGGCAUCUGUGGGAGCCAUGAGAAGGAGUUUGUCCAUCACUUCAUGACCUACUUCCCCUACAGCAUACAGGACAAUGCUGGACACCGCAACGCCACCGCCGCAGCCCACAGGAAGAGCAAGAAGGAGGCCAGCCAGGUGACUGCAGAAGCCUUGAACCUGUCAGUUUGUGAGGUCAUGACCUUCUUGGUGGAGACAACCAAUGACAAGACACUAUCUACCAGUAUUGGGGACUAUUUGUGUGCAUGUCUGGCCAUGGAGCAACUGGGACCAGACCUCAGCAAGACCUUGGCCGCCAUCUUGCAACGUUUUCUCACAGUCUGCCACGACACAGAUCUUGUGGAGAGUAUGGUGGAGCAUGCCCUGGGUCGGUACAACAAGGCCCAUCCUCUGUCUACCGAGAAGCGUCUGUACUUGGAGCUAUUCACCAGCCUCUUUCUGGAUUCGAAGACACAACUUCCAAACGUGGGGGUACUUAUGGACCAGUUCUUCCAGACACUGCCGGACUUACUUCCCCAUGUCUACUGUGAGAGUCCCCAGAUGGCAGCACUCAUUGUUCGGGUAAUGAGACAAGCUGCCUGUCAGAGGUGUCGCCCUCUGCUGGACAAUCUGGAGACUAACUUCCUGUCAAUACUAGAUGUAACAGACGGUUUGUUCAGUCAGACCGAGGAAGCCCUACAGCACGGACUGCUGGACACAUUGUACUGGGUACCGCACUUCACCACACAGCUCCUCACACGAUUGGUUAGCCUCUGUCACCAUGGCAACGUGUCAUCAACAGUGUCAUUGCAUCUUCUUGAUAUCCUUCAUACAAGAUUUCAGAGGGAUAUUGAUGGUGAGAAGCACACGGAAAAUGAUGUAACCAUGACAACGAGUUAUCUGUCAUUCCUUUUGUCUGUCCUUGCUGUGACACCCACUUGCUACAUUCCAGACAGAAACAGGCUGAGUCUUGAGCAAGAAAAGCAAGAUGGCUGCCAUAUGACGUCUGCUCCUGAAAUAGACUGGAAUGUGUCCUCCGAGCGGUGGAAGAAACAUACAGUUCUUGUUGAUAGAGUUCUUCAUCAUCUUCAUCAAGUGCCUGAUGUGUCCAGUCUUGGGGACGUCCUCCUGUCCUUCUGGUGUCCCCUCCUGACAGUACCAAACAAAGUGUGUAUUACAACUAUAUUCGGUUGUGUCAAGUGCCUCAAGGUUUUCAAAGCCGCUCUAAACCAGUCCAACCAAUCACUGACUGACGCAGUUGUGAAGAUCUGCAUCUCAUUGGCCAUGGAGAUGGUUACCACAGUAACAUCUGAAGACAAUUUGAGCCAGAUACACAAAGAUCUGUGGGAGUGUGUUACUCAGUGUCUGGUGGCUGUGCCCUACAUCAUCAACAAGUAUUUCAUCGCAAUCCAUAAUCUUCUACAAACCUGCAGUGAGGAGACGGCAGUGACAGCGAUGAGAUCCGUCACGCACAUCUUGCAAGAUCAGUCAACUGCUGCCCUCCCACUCUCGGUCGAGCGCCACCUGGAGGCAAUACAGGACAAGGUCAAGAAAUGUUUUCCCAAUGUUGUCAACACACAGUGCUGGAAGGAUCUUAUGUACUGCAGCUCUCUUGUGGCCAAUCAGAGAUCAGUUGCAAUGUCAUGUGAUGAAUAAAUCAGUCUUGUACA